UAUCCAAACUUUAAAAAUGCCACUGGCGAUCUCUCUCCCAACCUCAUCUUUUUCUAAUCUCUUCCCUCACCGCCGCGGCCAUGCAACUCUCCGAUAUCGACGCUUUUCUGGAGCUCGAUCUUCCGCCGAAGGGCCGUACAACCAAAAGAACCAAACCGGCGUCAUCAUCAUCGGCGCUGGACUCGCUGGUUUAGCCGCCGCAACUCGGCUAACCUCCGAACGAAUCCCAUUCCUACUCUUAGAAGCUUCUGACGGCGUCGGUGGACGCGUCCGUACAGACAUCGUCGACGGCUUCUUCCUCGACAGAGGGUUUCAGAUUUUCAUCUCUGCAUAUCCCGAAGCUAAAAAGCUUCUAGAUUAUGAAGCACUGGAUCUGCAGCGAUUCUACGCCGGAGCAAAGGUUUUUUACGGCGGAAAAUUUCACACCGUAGCUGAUCCUCUCCGACAUUUUUGGGAUUCGGUGGCUUCUCUCACGAACCCCAUCGGAUCCGUCGUGGACAAAGGGCUUAUCGCGUUGACGAGAGCUAGAGUUCUGAUCAAGUCAGACCAAGAGAUUUUGACUGCCGCCGAUGAGGUUCCGACCAUUGAUCUCCUCCGUAAGAUUGGUUUCUCCGAAGCGAUCCUUGAUCGAUUCUUCCGACCAUUCUUCGGCGGAAUUUUCUUCGACAGAGACCUCGGGACGACUUCGAAGCUCUUCGAUUUCAUUUUCCGGUGUCUUGCUCUCGGAGAAAACACACUUCCGGCCAUGGGAAUCGGAGAAAUCCCUAACCAAUUGGCCGCGAAAUUACCAGCUAAUUCCGUCUUGUUCAACACAAGGGUCGCUUCGAUUGAGUAUCCAACUGGAUCGGAUUCGGAUCCUCCUAGCGUGAGACUCCAAGACGGUGGCGUUUUGAAGGCUGACUUAGGUGUCAUAGUCGCCGUCGAGCAACACCAAGCGGAUAAGCUUCUUGAGGGGAUCAGAGAACCGGUUCCAACUAAACCGGCUCGGAGUACGAUUUGCGUUUAUUUCACAGCUGACCCGAAUCAGAUACCGGUACAAGACCCGGUUCUAUUUCUCAACGGGUCAAGCACCGGUAUAAUCAACAACAUGUUCUUCUCUACGAACGUUGCUCGGACAUACGCGCCACCGGGAAAGGCUCUGGUUUCGGUAUCGUUGAUCGGUUCGUUCGAGGAUAGAUCCGAUGAUGAUUUAGCAACAGAGGUUCUCAGAGAACUCUCUGGUUGGUUCAGUGAGUCUUCGGUUAUGUCAUGGAAACAUUUGAAAACGUACCGAAUAAAGUUCGCUCAGCCGAACCAAUGCCCACCCACUGAUUUGGUUAAGAGUCCGCGGGUCAGGACAGGUCUUUACUUGUGCGGUGAUUACAUGACUUCUGCUACAUUUGACGGGGCUUUGGUCUCCGGGAGACGAGCCGUGGAAGUGUUGUUACGAGAAAAGGGACUAAUCACAUAGAGUUAUUUUUUUCUGUAAAUUUAAGAUUCUCUGUGUAGCUUUUUUAUUAAUGGCUUGUAUGUACUAUAGUUGUAGUAUGUAUCCUCUAAGAUCAUAUAUUGGAUAGUUAAUCAUCUUCCUCAGCUCA